AUGUCGGGGGACUGGGAUGAAGACCUGUGUAAGAAGGCGCUGGUGCUGGUGGAGGAGCUGUGCUUCAACUCCCCAAGAGGUUACAGCCAGAGCGAACGCUGCCAGGAGUUCAGCUACCUGCUGAGAGGUCGCAACAGACAGCUGGACACAGAGAUCUCUGUCAGUCUGCUGUCGGUCAUCGUGACAUUCUGUGGCAUCGUCCUCCUCUCCGUCUCCCUCUUCGUUUCCUGGAAGCUCUGCUGGCUGCCAUGGCGGGACAAGGAAGGUGGAGGCCUGAGCCUGACGUCGGGGUUGCUGCCCGGAAGCGCCGGCGUCGGAAGCCUGGGGGGCGCCGGGGGGUCGUCGCUCCUACCGCCGCUGCUGCAGAGGAAGGAGGCCCACUCCUCGUCCACACUCUACCCCUCCCUGGGCCAGCAGGGCCAGCACCACCCCCACUUCUCUGACCUGGUGGGGCUGGAGAGGGGGGAGGUCGGAGGUGUGGCUGGGGGGCCACACGAGACCCAGGAACACUCCUACCUGGACAUGGACUCCUACCCCAACAACGCUGGAACUCUGAAGCUGAGUCAGACGUCUCCAGAUGUCCCCAACUCAGAGGGUGGAGCCCAUCCCCAUAAAGACCUGCCCAAUGCUCAUUCCCAGCAGCAGGUCACCUCAAGGCCCAAGCCCAUGACUCACCAGCUCUCCAGUCCUGAUUUCCACGGUGAGGAGAAGGAGCAGGUUACCAGCAUUGGGCAGAUCAAACCGGAGCUCUACAGACCCAAGGGCGACCAGGGCGAAGGCAAACAGGGCGACAAUUGCGGCAAGAUCAGCUUCCUCCUGCGCUACGCCUUCAACACGGAGCAGUUGGUGGUGAAGAUCCUGAAAGCUCUGGACCUUCCGGCGAAGGACGCCAACGGCUUCUCUGACCCGUACGUGAAGAUCUACCUGCUGCCAGACAGGAAGAAGAAAUUCCAGACCAAGGUUCACAGAAAGACCUUAAACCCAGUGUUCAACGAGACAUUUCAGUUCGGCGUGCCGCUGAACGAGCUACAUUCCAGGAAGCUGCAUUUCUCCGUGUACGACUUUGACCGCUUCUCCAGGCAUGACCUGAUCGGCCAGGUGGUGGUGGACAACCUGCUGGACUUCAGCGAGGGCAGCGGGGACAAACCCGUCUGGAGGGACAUCGUGGAGGGCACCGCGGAGAAGGCUGAUCUCGGGGAGCUUAAUUUCUCGCUGUGUUACCUGCCAACUGCAGGCAGGCUCACUGCUACAAUCAUCAAGGCCACCAACCUCAAAGCCAUGGACCUGACUGGCUUCUCAGACCCGUACGUGAAGGCCUCUCUGAUCUGUGACGGGCGGAGGCUAAAAAAGAGGAAGACCUCCAUUAAGAAGAACACACUGAACCCCACGUACAAUGAGGCGCUGGUGUUUGACAUUCCCAAUGAAAAUAUAGAAAGUGUAUCCAUCAUCAUUGCAGUGAUGGAUUAUGACUGUAUUGGUCAUAACGAGGUUAUAGGGAUGUGUCGUGUAGGCAGCGAUGCUGACGGUCCAGGCAGAGAGCACUGGGCAGCCAUGCUGGCCAAUCCACGCAAACCGAUAGAGCACUGGCAUCAGCUUGUGGAGGAAAAAGCAAUUGGUACAUUUGUGUCCAAGAGUACUACAACACCCUCCCCUAAGCCUCACAUCGUGGUGGACAGUCCUCACUCCGAUUAAAACUGUCAUUAUCUUCUCUCCAGCACCAGACUUUCCUCCCUUUCCUCUCAUCUGUGAAUACUUCUCUCCAUCAAAGAAAGAGAGACGCAGAGACACUCCUAGUGUCCAACUGCUAGCGCUGUUUUGCUCCUGCUAAUGAAUCCUCCAAAUCCUGGGCCGUUCUCACCCAGCCGGGAAAAAAAGAAAAAAGAAAAAAGAAACGUCUACCACAAGCUACACUCGGAGCAUCGGACUACACAUUUACAAACACGUGUGGACAUCAAACAGUGCAGUAGGGCUGAUAUCAGGUGUAAAAUUUGGGAUAUAGUGUGGGAACUCACACACAUAACUCACAUACACACACACACACACACACACACACACACACACACACACACACACAAACAGACACAUCCACACAAAUACACACAGAGUUGUACUAUGUGCGUAGUUCAUCUGUGCUUCAGAUUAGUGUAGUAUUUCAUCUAGGAGGAGUGUGAUGUGACAAACUUUUCUCUCUUAAAAAAAGAAAAAAAAAAAAAGAAAGCCAUCGUAGAAUGGUCACUUCAACCAGGACCAAAGGUUCAUGCCCUUGUACAGACUGUAAAAGAAGAAAAUCACUAUGUCGAUAUUUUUCUUUGCAACAUCGGCGUACAGUAUAUGCUGUACUGUAUAGGAAGACAUCUCAUGUAGUACUUAGCAGGACAAAGAAAUCCGCCGAGGAUUCUCCCAGCCAUUUCUGGACGCCUUCUCCGGGCGUUUCCCCCGGAGGAAAGACGACGAAGCAUCCAGUGGUCUUUAUUGAUGUCAGAGGAGCGAAAAAUGAGGACAGACUCAUUGGUCUAAGCAUGUUACGCAACUUCGAAAUGUGUCCCUCUUCUUCAAGCUUUUUUUGUCACGGUCCUCAUGGUGCUCAUCAGUAUCAACUUUUAUUUUUUCAAAUUAUUUUGCUCUGUCUUUUGUGUCAUACAGUAUACGUAUAACCAUCAGGAAAGGAGUUUGUUCGUGCCAUUUUUUUUACAGUCCACUAAGGAUGAGAUGGUAUGAGCUUCUGGGAGACAUGGACUAUUUGAUCGUCCUCAGCUUUCUGGCCAAACUGGCAGACUUUUCCUAAUGUAGGACUACACAGGUUGAAUGAAACCUGCGUGUAGGAUCGGACCAGCAUCUGUUUGGAGUGCGGUGGCUGGAGGACGUAUCCCACA